GGUUAUUGCACUCCAACAAAUGGAGGGUUAUUGCACUCCAACAAAUGGAGGGUUAUUGCACUCCAACAAAUGGAGGGUUAUUGCACUCCAACGAAUGGAGAGUUAUUGCACUCCAACGAAUGGAGGGUUAUUGCACUCCAACGAAUGGAGGGUUAUUGCACUCCAAUGA